ACGUGAAGUUGGAAGAAUUAAAAAAAAGAAACUGGCAACACUGAUCAAAUAUGGCGUGAUUUAGUAAUCAUCUUAAAAACGAAAAACAAAUGUGCAUAUUCUGGGCUACUUACCGAUGCUGGGAGACCAACCCCAAAUAUCCAAUGCAGGCUUCCGUUUCCACACCGACCGCAAGGCGAAGAGUACCCAUAAUUUCAAGGACUUUAUCUACAACGUCAGGAUGAAGAUGUUCCACGGUUCCACUGUACUUCUCUCUGACAACCCGACGCCAAUCUUCAAAUGUUUUGUGCGCCUCAUAGAACGCCUCAAACUCCAUGAUGGCCUCAGAUCUAGCGCUUACUACGGGGAAAUAAAAAAAAUAAUCACAGGGUUCAUGAAUUACUUUACAUUCACGAUAGAUGACGUAAUAAAAAAAAUAGAUAAAUACCUUCAUUUCUUGGAUAACAAACUUUUUGUGAAACUGAUAAAUGACACGAUAACUAUUUAUGAGCAAAACCAGGCUGCUUUCCUCAAAGAGUAUCUUCCGCUGAACAAUGAAGUAGAGAAAUUUAAAUACCAACAAGUCAUAGACGGACAGGCCAAGUUCUUGGAGGAACUCAGGCAGACAAGAGAUGCUUGGGAGUUCAGACAAGACAGAUUGCACGAGUUUGCAAAGGAAUAUUUCGAGGAGUCUCUUAAGAAAGUUAAUUACCUGUGCACCUUUGCACAUACAUAUCUUUCAGUGAUGUUAGCUGACCGACUUUACGAAAUAGCAGUGAGCGUGGAAGAGACGGUAGACCGCAUGAAUACAAACAUGCGCAAAUACAAUGAACAGUGUAACGAAAAGAUGAACACACUCAUACACAAUCUCUAUGAGAAGAAUAAGGAACAUUUGCAAAUAUAUAGACGACAUAAGAAGCGAUCCGUCGAUACUGCUGAAGUAACCCGAAGUAUAGAUGUGCUGAGGGACAAGAUAGAGCAGUACGGUAACGAAGAGACUAUUGCUCGAUUGGAGCUAGAAACUCGAUAUUGGAAUAAAAGACUAAAGGACUUCAAUGAGAUCGCUACCAUUCUGACUAAAAUACGCUCCGAACUCGACCAUCUGGAAACAGAUAUAGAGAAAUAUAACUCUAUUAGGUCGAUGGAAUUACCGAGUGCUAAGACCGUGUGUUUUGAACUAAUUGGUGAGAAUUUGAGAGAGAGGAUAGCGUAUCUUCAUGCAAAACAAUUGGAGAUGUCCAAAACGCUUAUAACUUUCUUCUGUGUAAGGGGAACUGAUCGUAUCCUAUACACGGACAGCGUUGGCUCGUACUAUUGUGACGAGUUCAACCAUCAGAACUACAUCACCAACUUCGGCUUGAAGUUCUUCCACGUCAAUUGUUACGGAGAAUUUUCUGAGAAUUUAGAAACCGAGCCUUACUACUUCGACGAAAAUGGCCGUUACAUUCUCCGUAACGGCGAGAAGUUCCACCAAGUUGCACCGUGCACCAGCGAGUACAAGUUAGGCGAAGAUGGCUUGUUCAAGAAGGUUACCAAAGAUUGUGGACAUUCGGAGAAAGUUAACCCUGACUGUCGCCUGGAGAUCAAGGAUCUGACUGACGUUGUUAUCUUGCCUAAGAACACUGACCUCAUUGAUAUGAGUGAUGUGACUCUGGACGCUGAAGCCGUCAAAUAUCUCUGGGAUAGCUUCGGUAUGAUACUGCCCGAAGUGUUGAAUGAGGUCGCCAGUAGACAGCCCAAGAAUCCCAUUCACUACAUGGCCCAUAUACUGCUGAAGCGCCGAUUUGAAUCAACCCAUACAGAAUUACGUGAGCUAAGGAGGUUAGCUGACCAAUACCGUAAGAAGUUCUACAAUGAAAGACGAGAUAAAGCUGCCGAGGAGAGGAAGACUUGGAAGGAGAAGAACUUGCAUCGUCGCAAGCCGGACGUAUACGAGGACUCGGCAGAACUGGCGCAGUUCUCGCAGCAGGCCACAGCUUCACAAUUCAUUAAUAACAUGCAAUUCUAUAGUUAAUUCUUAUUUAUUUUUAUAGUGCAACGAGUUACUUUAUUAUCUGUUAUCAACAUUGUCCAAAUUGAAAUAAGAUCUAAACUCGUUUGAACCCAGAGUCCUCAGAAGCUAAGAAGUUAAACGACCAAUAGAAUUUCUUCGUUCGAUGAUAGAAUAUUUUUGAAUAACGAAAUUCUAUUGAUUGUUUAUAAGCUUAGGAGAAGAGUUGGUGGGGGCUGCGCAUAACAUGGCUUUGACUUGAAGACUCUUUAACUUUCCAAGACACAGUUCGAUAGAUUUUAAAUAUUUAGGUAGGACUUACAGCAUGAAUACAUUCGUUGCAUUUUUGUUUUUACUUAUAAAUGAUUGAUUUUUAAUAAUAAUAUGUAGAUACUUACUUUUAGACAGUGUGUGCAAAAUUAACAGAUUUUUUCUUCGGUCGGGUAACCUUACUUAGGAAUUUGUAAAAUUAAUCGUGAUUAAAUCAUGUUUAUCACA